AUGGGUGUUUUCAGAUUCAUUUCCAUAUCCCUCGCGGCUGUGUCCGCUGCCAAUGCCGCCCAAAUCCUGUCUAUGCCUCAUGCGCAGACUGUUCCCAACUCGUACAUUGUCAUGAUGAAAGAUGACACCUCCGAUGAUGAUUUCAACCACCAUCAGAGCUGGCUCCAGUCUACCCAUACCCAUAACAUCACCCGCCGUGCAACCAUUCAGAACGCCGGCAUGAGACAUAAGUACAACUUCAGCAAGAUGAAGGGAUACAGCGGUAUCUUCGACGAAGAGACCAUCAAGGAUAUCGCCAAAGACCCCAAGGUCAUGUUUGUUGAGCCUGACACUAUCAUCUCCGUUCACGGAAAGGUUGAACAGAGCAACGUCCCAUCGUGGGGUCUUGCUCGAAUCUCCAACCCCCAGCCCGGAGCCGGCAGCUACAUUUACGACAGCUCUGCCGGUGAGGGUAUCACUGUCUACAGUGUCGACACUGGUGUCGAUGUCAACCACGAGGAUUUCGAGGGCCGUGCUAUCUGGGGUUCCAACCAGGUCAACGACGGUGAUGACAGAGAUGGCAGCGGCCACGGCACCCACACCUCCGGUACCAUGGUCGGUAAGGAGUUCGGUAUUGCUAAGAAGGCCAAGCUUGUUGCCGUCAAGGUCUUGGGUAACGAUGGAAGUGGCCCUACCAGUGGUAUCGUUGCCGGUAUUAACUGGUCUGUUGAGCAUGCCCGCCAGAACGGCGGCACUAAGAAGGCCGUCAUGAACAUGUCUCUCGGUGGUAGCUCCAGCUCUGCCCUCAACCGUGCUGCCGCCCAGGCUGUUGAACAGGGCAUGUUCCUUUCCGUUGCUGCCGGUAACGACAACCAGGAUGCUCAGAGCAGCUCUCCUGCUUCCGAACCCAGCGUCUGCACCGUCGGCUCCUCCGCUGAGGAUGAUAGCCGCUCCUCCUUCUCUAACUGGGGUCCAGCUAUUGACCUCUUCGCUCCCGGCUCCAACAUUAUCUCUGCCCGUCCAGGUGGUGGUUCCCAGUCCAUGUCUGGUACCUCCAUGGCCGCUCCUCACGUUGCUGGUCUUGCUGCCUACCUUAUGGCUCUCGAGGGUAUCUCUGGUGGUGCCGUCUGCGACCGUCUCAAGGAGCUUGGUACCUCCUCCAUCACCGAUGCCGGCCCAGGCACCCCAACCAACGUCCUCAUCAACAACGGUGGUGCUAAGGGUGGCAAACCAAACCCCAAUCCUGCCCCCAGCCCAUCUCCCAGCCCAUCCCAGCCCUCCGAACCCCAGCAGCCUACCCCCAGCCAGCCCGGUCAGCCCGGCGAGCCCUUCCCAGGUGAGCCCCAGCAGCCGACCCCCAGCCAGCCUGGUCAGCCCGGCGAGCCCUUCCCAGGUGAGCCCUUCCCAGGCGAACCCUUCCCAGGCGAACCUUUCCCAGGCGAGUCCGCUCCCGCCCCAGCCCCCCAGCACCCACACACCCCCUACCCAGGUGGCGAUAACUUCGACUUCGAUGGAUUCUGGAAGAAGUACUUCGGCGGUGAACACUGGCGCAAGAUGUUUAGCAGCUUCUGGAACUAA